AUGGCUUCACUCACCUCGCUAUCGGAAGCAUGGGUAAUGUACCCAAAAUAUCCAAUUGAUGAUGGAUUGGAUGAACUGGUGCUCAAGCCUUCCAAGCGUCGCAAUGUCUCCAAAACAUUAGCGGAAGAACUUGCCGACUACGAGAACAGCUUGUCGAUGAUGCGUUCCUUCCAGAGCCAAAGCCUAGCUGUACCAGUGAAGCAUCUCCAAGCUCUUUUUGGUAGCUGCUUGGUACAUGACUUGAAGGAAGACGAGGUGUCCAGCAGCCGUGCCUUGGUGAUUGCACUAACAACCAACAAGAAGACCAAUGGGUUGUAG